AUGGCGGUGUGUUGGAGGCGGCGUGGUUGCAGUGCGCACUUUGGUUCGCGGCCCUCCGCGGCGGCGCCGUGCCUUGUCCUUCUGCUGCUGCUGCUGCUUCCGUUACCCCCGCACGGCGCAGCCGCCCAAGCCGCAGAUCCUUACACCCUAGUGAAGAUUUUGAUUGUUAGGCAAAAUGAUCUUGGCCCACUCACCCCAAUGUCCACCGCAUUUUACGCCGGCCUGCGUGCGUCGCUGAAGACGCACGUCUACACGUAUGCUCGCGAUGUUCCGCUAGAUAUUGUCUAUAGCAGAGCGAAGUUGGCCGGCUACGUCAAUGCUCUGGAGAAAGUGAUGCAAAAAGAAGAGGGCAUUCUCACUCUUCUGGCCCAGUUCGGUGACGCCUCUGUGAUGGAGGUGCGUUCUACUUUAAAUCGCUUUGACCUCGUUUCUUUUGCCCCUUUCACUGGGUCGAGUGCGGUGCGUGGGUGGGAUUCCAACCUGUACUUUGUGCGCGCCAGCCCUGCGGCCGAGCUGCUGACGCUUCUCCGCUACGCCGUGGCUCAGCUGCGGGUGCUUCGGCUGGGCUUCAUGUACCUGCAGGGCGUCCUUUUUGGUGAAGAGGAGUAUGAGCAGGCAAAACGUGUGAUGUCGGCGAUGGGCUACGAGUUCUGCGGCGUCUUCACC